AUGCCUUCUCAACCCUUCAUUCUCCGCCCCGCAACCCUUUUCGAUAUCCCCCAGAUGACACACAUCGUCAUCGCAGCCUAUGGUCCCAGUCCCGUAAGCGAAUUUUUAGAUCCGCACGCGAAACAAUAUCCACGAGAUCAACAGAUAUCCGUUGGGCAAGGCGUCACAAAAUCCUAUCUGAACCCUCAGGCUCUGACCCUAGUAGUCUGUUCUCCGGAGUCACCUGAUGUUAUCUUGGCCUAUGGGAUGUACAAUCGUAAAGGUGUAGAUUCAGGGGUCCAGAAGUUUAUAAACGAGAGGAGUGGCGUAGAGAGAACGGGGAGAUGGAUGUUGAGCUCUAUCUUGACAGUUCUGUUCGGAAUAUACAAUUACCUCCGACCAGAUCGUGCUACAUCAAAACCCAACAGGGCCGUUUUCAAUCACUCAAUCAAGAUGGAUCAAGAGCGUUAUUGGUCUCCGGACGCUUUCCCAAGGAGACAAAAUCUCUGGCAUGUAAAUAGUAUCGUUGUGCUUCCCGAGUACCAAGGAAAAGGCAUCGGAAGAUUGUUAAUGGAGUAUAUUUUGGAGAGAGCGGGGAAAGAGAAUGUGCCCGCGGGAUUGACUGCUAGUAUUGAAGGCGAGAAGUUGUAUAGAAAAUUGGGGUUCCAAAUGCUAGGAGAUUUUUAUACGAGAGUUGGGAGGCAGCAUGCAGAUGGAGGCGGGCAUAUGAUUUGGUGGCCGGAGGGUGUUGAGAAGGAUGGAGACUACUGA